GAAGAAACUCACUGGACUGCUAAAUGGUAGGGACUGAAAUUUUCUAUGAGAAUGUAAUAUGGGACGAGUAGAAGUUAGGCAGAUAAAGGCCAGCAGAAAGUCAUUCCAUGUAGAAGAGGCAGCCUAAGAAAAAUGUGCAGGGAAGGUACAGUAUGACAGAGGACAGCAUGUGGAACUAAGGAAGGUGAGAUUUAAUCUAAAUAUAUGGAAGGAAUUUCAAAUGAUUGGUGGUAUUUUUUACCUUGAGAAGUAGUGAUUAUCUCACAUCUAGACAUAACCAAGUAGUCCUCUUUCAGCAAAAGGUCUUGCGUUAGUUUAUGUAAUUAUUGAACAAGGGUGCCAGAAAUUUAGGCGAUAUCAAAUGAUGCUUAUAUUUAAAUUUAUACCUUGAGAACUUCGUCUACCCACAUUCCAAAGGGCUCUGCUAAAAAGUUAUUGUUUAUGCAACGGAAUCCCAGAACAGAGCUGGAUGGUUAAAGAACAAAAAUAUAGAAUAGUUUUUGCAGAUGUGGGUCACAGUCGACUUCAAGGAUUACACCCGCGCAAUAGUGAUCAUUAUGUUUCAUGUGCUGGUUUGUAUAGUCCUUCCAAGUACUCUUUAGAGGGAGAUGAUGGGUUCAUUUCAAAUGCAAGAUUCUCGGAGGUAAAAUAGUUAACCCGUUUCUUAGCCGUCCCCAUAUAAUACCGAAAAUCAUUCUUGAAUUACUCUUAAUGCCACCUAAAGUCCUAUGUGGAGCAGUAACCCAAUUUGAUAGAGUACCAAAUGAGCCCUUAGGUAUAUUACACAGUUCCUGCCGGGUGGACACUCCUCCCGCACCCUGCCUCUGCCCCACAUUUUAGGAGAAUUCCGGGGCGCGCGCAGGAUUGUCAGCGCAGCAGCCGAGGCCACCUGUCAACACAGUCUGCCUGAGCUUCGGACCAAACCGGGCUGACCCGAGGGCAGUAAGCUCCGGCCAUAGGGCAAUGACUCCGUGGAAUUGCGCAGGGUAGUCACACAGGCGUUUAUUCCAUUUUCCUUUCGUUAUCAAGAGGUCCUUUUCUCCAUUAACUUGUCUUCUAACUCCUGCGACAGAGCAGUUAAGAGCAAGCUUCUGGUCCUCCAAACAGCCAAGCAGUAAGCAUAUUAAAAUAACAAACUACCUCGCUAUUUUGUCACCAGACCCUCCUCUCAGUGGGGUAGGCAGAGAGGCCAGAACAGGCGACCACAGCGACACAGAAGGGUGAGCGAUGCUCAUCUGUAGCUGAGGGAAGGGGGUGGGGAAAGACUACCUGGACGGCGGACGCGCAUGCGCAGCCACAGUGCCCGGUGGGCGAGUCCCUUCUAGUAGUUUCGCUGACCGUGACGUCAUCGUUGCGCGCCGUGAGUGUUUCCUAGAAACGAUGUUUUUUCUUUGAAGAAAAUAGAUAUAAAUGAACUGACCUAUCCCACCUCACAUUGCUUUUAGUCCUUCAUGCUGGACGCACCUACACUGUGGAUAAGGAAGCGUGAGAGGAAAAGAAACGCACCGCAGAGCAAAGAGGCGCCGGCCAGGGAUGACUCGGCGACGCGGCUGGCCACGUUACCCGGCGUGCUCCGCGCGGCGCCGGCGGAGGGACGUGGGGGGAGGGGCAGGGAGGAGGAAGCGACGGCGGCUGCGGAUGUCGCUGCGAACCAGCGGCUCCUGAACCCACGGCAGCUGCCCAGUGCCCAACUUGGGCCUGCGCCGGAGCCCACGCCGAGCUCCGCGGCCCCUCGUCGGCUAGGGCUGUCCCGCUCCCAUUGCUCCUGAGGCGGCGCGCCCUGCAUUUCCCGCGGCCUGGGCCUGCCGGCUUUGGCGUCUGCUGGCUUCUCCUCGCUCGCUUGCUCCCUCUUGCUCGCCUGAGUCACCGCCGCUGCCGCCAUGGCCGAGAGUGGUGAAAGCGGCGGCCCUCCAGGCCCCCAGGACAGCGCCGCCGCGGCCGAAGGUGCUGGCACCCCCGCGGCCGCUAACUCUGCGGAGCCUAAGAUCAUGAAAGUCACCGUGAAGACCCCGAAGGAGAAGGAAGAAUUCGCUGUGCCUGAGAAUAGCUCCGUGCAGCAGUUCAAAGAAGAAAUCUCGAAACGUUUCAAAUCACAUACUGACCAACUUGUGUUGAUAUUUGCUGGGAAAAUUUUAAAAGAUCAAGAUACUUUGAGUCAGCAUGGAAUUCAUGACGGACUUACAGUUCACCUUGUCAUCAAAACACAAAACAGGCCUCAGGAUCAUUCAGCUCAGCAAACAAAUACCACUGGAAGCAGUGUUACCACAUCAUCAACUCCUAGUAGUAACUCCACAUCUGGUUCUACUACUGGCAACCCUUUUGGUUUAGGUGGUCUUGGAGGACUUGCAGGUCUGAGUAGCCUGGGUUUGAAUACUACCAACUUCUCUGAGCUACAGAGCCAGAUGCAGCGACAGCUUUUGUCGAACCCAGAAAUGAUGGUCCAGAUCAUGGAAAAUCCCUUCGUUCAGAGCAUGCUCUCAAAUCCAGACCUGAUGAGACAGUUAAUUAUGGCCAAUCCACAGAUGCAGCAGUUGAUACAGCGAAAUCCAGAGAUCAGUCAUAUGCUGAACAAUCCUGAUAUAAUGAGACAAACAUUGGAACUUGCCAGGAAUCCAGCAAUGAUGCAAGAAAUGAUGAGAAACCAGGACCGAGCCUUGAGCAACUUAGAAAGCAUCCCAGGGGGAUAUAAUGCUUUAAGGCGCAUGUAUACAGAUAUUCAGGAACCAAUGCUGAGUGCUGCCCAAGAACAGUUUGGUGGUAAUCCAUUUGCUUCUUUAGUGAGCAAUACAUCCUCAGGUGAAGGUAGUCAACCUUCCCGUACAGAAAAUAGAGAUCCAUUACCCAAUCCAUGGGCUCCACCGGCUUCCCAAAGUUCACCAGCUUCCAGCGGCACCACCAGCACUGUGGGUGGCACUGCUGGUAGCGCUGCCAGUGGCGCUGCUGGGCAGAGUACUGCUGCACCAAAUUUGGUGCCUGGAUUAGGAGCUAGUAUGUUCAACACACCGGGAAUGCAGAGCUUGUUGCAACAAAUAACUGAAAACCCGCAACUUAUGCAAAACAUGUUGUCUGCUCCCUACAUGAGAAGCAUGAUGCAGUCACUAAGCCAGAACCCUGACCUUGCUGCCCAGAUGAUGCUGAAUAAUCCCCUAUUUGCUGGAAAUCCUCAGCUUCAAGAACAAAUGAGACAACAGCUCCCAACUUUCCUCCAACAAAUGCAGAAUCCUGAUACACUCUCAGCAAUGUCAAACCCUAGAGCAAUGCAGGCUUUAUUACAGAUUCAGCAGGGUUUGCAGACAUUAGCUACGGAAGCUCCCGGCCUCAUUCCAGGGUUUACUCCUGGCCUUGGGGCAUUAGGAAGCACUGGAGGCUCUUCAGGACCCAAUGGUUCUAACCCUACACCUAGUGAAAGCACGAGCCCCACAGCAGGAACCACUGAACCUGGACACCAGCAAUUUAUUCAACAGAUGCUGCAGGCUCUUGCUGGCGUAAAUCCUCAGCUACAGAAUCCAGAAGUCAGAUUUCAGCAACAACUGGAACAACUCAGUGCGAUGGGAUUUUUGAACCGUGAGGCAAACUUGCAAGCGCUAAUAGCAACAGGAGGUGAUAUCAAUGCAGCUAUCGAAAGGUUACUGGGCUCCCAGCCAUCAUAGCAGCAUUUCUGUAUCUUGAAAAAAUGUAAUUUAUUUUUGAUAACGGCUCUUAAAACUUUCAGAUACCUGCUUUAUUUCAUUUUGACUCUUGGAAUUCUGUGCUGUUAUAAACAAACCCAAUAUGAUGCAUUUUAAGGUGGAGUGCAGUAAGAUGUGUGGGUUUUUCUGUGUUUUUCUUUUCUGGAACAGUGGGAAUCAAUGCUUUUUCAUUUAAGGCUACUGCAUGCAUCAAACACCUCUGCAUUUAUUGUAAUUUUUUAAAAACAUCACCUUUUAUAGUUGGGUGAACAGAUUUUUUUCCUGCAUCUGUCCAAUUUAUUUGCUUUUUAAACAUUAGCUUGUGGUAGUAAUUUAUGUAGAAUAAAAGCAUUAAAAAGAAGCAAAUCAUUUGCGCUCUAUAAUUUGUGGUACAAUAUUGCUUAUUGUGACUAUGGCAUGUAUUUUUGCAAACAAAAUGCUGUAAGAUUUAUACUACUGACAAUUUUGGCUUUAUUUGUAUACAAUAUAGAGUAUGCACAUUUGGGACUACAUUUCUAGAAUCAUACUGCUAUAGGUUAUCUGAGAAAAAACCUGUAACCAAAAAAGUAAAGGUAAGGGAAUACUCCCUAUAGUGGAGUAUUUUCUAAUUAUGUUAAAUCUUAUAGCAUCUUUGAUAAACAUCUCCCAGCAAAAGUAUUGAUUAGUCAGGUUUUUUAAAAAUACAGUAGAAAAGCCAAUUCUGGUAAUGUCUUUAAGAACAUUAAAUUGUACAGACAACAUAAUGUAACAUUGUCACAACAUUCACAGAUUGACUUGUAAAUUACCUUAAUCUUCCUGCAGACUGAAGGAACACUAUAGUAUACCCAAAAGUGCAUUUGCCUAGGACUUUUCAGCUUCUCCCAUAGAUAGUUUAACAGGCAUUACAAUUUGUAAUUGAAAUGUUGCUUUCACUGAAAGUGUCUUGAUGUUUCAGUUGUUUUUAAUUGCCAUAUAAAAAUAGAACUAUCUUUUGGGUUUAUCUGUUUUCUCAUGCACAGGGGGUACAUGGAUUUUAAAUGAUUUGUGAGCCACUUGUUUCUGAAGUGUUUUGGUAGUUCUACUAAGAAAUAGUUAAAUAUUGUGCUUUCAGAGCCUCAGAGAAGGGAAACGGGGGUGGGGCAGCGGAAUCUAUCCUGGAUUAGGCCAGUUUAAAUAAUACUGGCAACUAAGAUUCUGUUAGGAUUUCUGUGCAUAUAGUGUAGUAAAGAAGUAUCAUUCGGGGGUGAAAAAGAAAGCUGUUUUAACAAUGUUGAGUACAUUUGGCUGUUCUACAGCCUUUUCUUCCCUCCCCAGAGAAGUUCUGUUUGCUUAACUCUCAAAACUGUUGGGGUGGUACAUUCCUUUAGGACCAAUUAAAACAUAAUUUAGGGUCAGUAUAUAUUUGACUGACUCUGGUUCAGUAUUCUCUUAGGUCAUUAUAUUCUCUCGUGUACAGUUAUAGAAAAUUAAAAUGUUAAAGUAAUCUAAAAUGAGUUCAGACCAAUAAAAUCAAGGGAAAUACAAGUUGAAUUCCAUAACUUCUACAAGUUGCUUGCUAUUAAAAAGGGUCAAGAGUUCAGGUUGCCUACCAGUCCAUGCACUGUUCUGACACUUUUCCCAGGAGGAAAAUUUGUACAAAGGUUAGGAUGGAGGCAUAACUAGAGGAGAUGAUUAGGGAUGAUAUUUAUGUGUCUUUCCUCUUUCUGCCUUAUGCCCCAGUCUGGUUUAAAAACUUUUGUACAAGUGAGUGGUGGUAAACAGUGUGGGAUAGUGUCAUAACCAAUUUGACAGUUUAUUAAUCACAAAAUAAAAAUAAAUCUCUAGCUUUUACACUU